AUGGCUUCCAAACUUGCAUUCCUAUUUGUUUUCAUAAUGUUGUUUGCUUUAACUUCAGCAAAUCCAAGCAAGUUGAGAAAGCCAUACACACCAUGCAAAAACCUAGUCCUGUAUUUUCAUGACAUACUCUACAACGGAAUGAAUGCAGCAAAUGCAACAUCAGCCAUAGUAGCAGCUCCACAAGGUGCUAAUUUAACAAAACUAGCACCUCAAUUCAACUUUGGUAACAUAGUAGUUUUCGACGACCCUAUCACUUUGGAUAACAACCUUCAUUCAACACCAGUUGGAAGAGCACAAGGGUUUUACAUUUAUGAUACCAAAAACACAUACACUUCAUGGCUUAGUUUCACAUUUGCUCUUAAUACCACUUACCAUCAAGGAACCAUUACUUUUGCUGGUGCUGACCCAAUUAUGGCCAAAACUAGAGAUAUCUCUGUCACUGGUGGUACUGGUGAUUUCUUUAUGCAUAGAGGAAUUGCUACUAUUAUGACUGAUGCUUUUGAAGGUGAAGUUUAUUUUCGACUUCGUGUUGAUAUUAAGUUCUUUGAGUGCUGGUAA